GAUGGACCAUGUAGAGCGACCAAAAAGUAAAGCAUUUAUUGCAAAUGCUUUAUCUUGCUGUUAAGUGUAUGAUUUGACUGCUGGAAGCAUUAUUUUCAGCGAACGAGCAGAAGGAAUACGUCACUCUGUUUUUGCCCAACCUCUGUUGCUGGUGUUUCUGUCGCUGACGUUGGAAGAUGAAUGCUUUGGCUGCCACCAGCAGGAACUUCAAGCAGGCGUCCCGUAUCUUGGGGCUUGAUUCCAAGCUUGAGAAGAGUCUGCUCAUUCCCUUCAGAGAGAUCAAGGUUGAAUGUACAAUUCCCAGAGACGACGGAACAUUGGCAUCUUAUGUUGGUUUCAGGGUGCAGCAUGAUAAUGCUAGAGGCCCCAUGAAGGGAGGAAUAAGAUACCACCCAGAGGUUGAUCCAGACGAGGUGAAUGCUCUAGCACAGUUGAUGUCGUGGAAAACAGCAGUUGCAAAUAUACCUUAUGGAGGAGCAAAAGGUGGAAUAGGCUGUGAUCCUAGUGAGCUGAGUACCUCUGAAUUGGAACGUCUCACCCGAGUUUUCACUCAAAAGAUUCAUGAUCUGAUCGGGAUUAAUACAGAUGUCCCUGCACCUGAUAUGGGAACCAAUGCUCAGACAAUGGCAUGGAUUCUGGAUGAAUACUCAAAAUUCCAUGGCUACUCACCAGCAGUUGUGACAGGAAAACCUGUUGAUCUUGGAGGCUCUCUAGGUAGAGAGGCAGCUACUGGCAGAGGAGUUCUUUUUUCCACGGAGGCACUGCUUAAUGAGCAUGGAAAGCAUGUUGCAGGUCAACGAUUUGUUAUACAGGGUUUUGGAAAUGUUGGCUCAACAGCAGCCCAACUUAUAAGUGAACAAGGAGGUAAGGUAGUUGCUAUAAGUGAUGUCACUGGUGCAAUAAAGAACAGCAAUGGACUUGAUAUCCCAAGAUUGAUCAAGUAUGCAAAAGAACACCGUGGAAUCAAAGGAUUUGAUGGGGGAGAUCCGAUAGAUCCAAAGACAUUAUUAGUUGAAGAUUGUGAUGUCCUCAUUCCAGCUGCUCUUGGGGGCGUUAUUACCAAGGAAAAUGCUAAUGAGAUCAAGGCCAAAUACGUUGUUGAAGCAGCUAAUCAUCCAACUGAUCCAGAUGCUGAUGAGAUUUUAGCUAAGAAAGGUGUCCUCAUCCUGCCUGAUAUAUUUGCAAACUCUGGUGGAGUUACUGUGAGUUACUUUGAGUGGGUACAGAAUAUUCAAGGAUUCAUGUGGGAUGAGCAGAAGGUGAACUGUGAACUAAAAAAUUACAUGAUGAAAGGUUUUGGCCACAUAAAAGAGAUGUGUAAAACCCACAACUGUGACCUUCGGAUGGGGGCCUUUACGCUUGGAGUCAAUCGUGUCGCUCGAGCAACCGUUCUCAGAGGCUGGCAGGCGUGAUCUAGCUUUGUUCCUUUCUCUAAUUUCAAAUCCCUUUUCUCCCCAAUUUUUUUUUAUCUUUGCACUAGACAAGCUGAAGUCAUUGUCUUUUUUCCCCUCAAUUUCAAGGAUCAGAAAUUCCUUGAGAAUAAGAAUUAUAUUCUCAUUCUGUAAGUUUUGUUUCUGACUGAACUUAUUGGCAGUGAAUAAAAGAUUUGGUCUCAACAAAA